AUGGCAUAUAAAUGUCGUCAAGAAUUAAAAGAUAUAUCCUUUUUGUUAACAUGCAGUACAAGUUUAUGUGCAUUAUUAGUAUGUGCUACAUUGUGUGUAAUGAUUGGUUCAAACUUAUUUGAUGGAUUUUUAAUUAGAAAUAUGACAUUUUGUUAUGUAAUGGGUUUAUCCUAUGAUAUAUUUGAAUGUGCAAUGUAUUAUAGUUAUUGUAUACAAGGAUUCUAUCGUCUGUGUCGAAUAGUUUUCUAUCAGAAGAAAUAUCUAGUGGCUCAAUCUUUAUAUAUUGGAUUGAUUAUUGGUCAAUGGAUAUUAGUAUUUGGUUUACUUUUACCACCGAUUUUGAUGCAAUGGUAUAUUCGUUUACCAACAGAACAAUAUUGUCUUAUUCCUUAUACAAAUAUUGCUGCUGAAAUAUAUCAUAUUCUGUUUUUAUAUAUUAUUCCUAUAGUGUGUAUUGGAAUAUCAUAUGCAUGGAUAACUAUAUUCAUGCGUCAAAAAAGUCAAACAUCAUUGGUUGCAGCCACAAUUAACCGACGACAUCGAAAUGAAAGAGAUGUAGUAAUUAUUAAACGUAUUAUAUUGUUAGUAUUCAUAUUAGUUUUAUUACGUUUUCCAACAAUCGGUUUAAUGAUAUAUGGAGUUAUGGCUCAAGAUUUAUAUCCAUUAACAUAUGGAAUAAUUGGCAUUUUUACAUCAGUGUGUUUAGGAUCGAUUGGAAUUUCAACUAUAUAUGUAACACCACAAUUACGAAAACAAUUUUACAAUACUUUUAUUCACCUGAAUAAUCGCGUACACAUUGACCAGACGCCAAUGAAUCAAACAGGUCUUGCACCAGCAACGGUUGAGACUAUUAAAGUGACUAAAAGAAGUCAACAGAGAGAUGUUAUAUUAGUACCACGAAAUGAUGAAUAA